GAUCUCUCCCGCCCUUGCAAGUCACCUCCGCUUCUGCCAACGCGGCUUGCUCUCUCUCCCAACGACAACCUGCACUCGCCGUUUGCGCCCGCCUGUUCGUCGACUUGCUAUCUUCCUCCCUUUUCGGGCAAUCGUCCGGAAUCCGUCGAGGAACGCGCCUGCAACGUGGCAGCCGUGAGUGUCGCAUCUUACGUGACCGACCCGAGUAGGCGACCGCGCAACCUCAACUACGUCCCCUCAUCCCCAGUCCCCUUCGAGGCGCAUUUCAUCGUCCUGCAUCAUAGCAGCUCUCGCGAGAUACUCUCUCGAGAUUCAAUAUAAUCGCUAUGGCGCGAUCGCUACCAAAGAAGCACAACCCGCUCAUCCUUCCGGACGCGUCCCCUUCCUAUGAGGAACUUCUUGGACGUCGUCGAUUGGGAAAGACAAAUCUGUCGGUUAAGCCGGCACAGAUAGGCACGUCCAAUGCCACGAAACCAGAAAACCUGGGUCCCUUCGAAUAUGCCCAUCUGCGUGCGCCCUUGCCAGAGGACCUUUCAGGAUCCGAGAUUUUCCCAUCUCACAACCCGACGCAACAUCCGGUGACUUAUUUCUUGAUGCGACGAAGCAAGGAUGGCUACAUCAGCGCGACUGGCAUGUUCAAGAUCGCAUUCCCGUGGGCAAAGUUGGAUGAGGAAAAAGCAGAACGGGAGUAUCUGAAGUCAAAGACGGAAACCAGCCAAGACGAAAUUGCUGGCAACGUCUGGAUCUCCCCCGAACUUGCUCUGGAACUUUCCAAAGAAUAUCGCAUGUAUGACUGGGUUCGCGCUCUCCUGGACCCCACAGAUAUUGUGCAGAGCCCUUCGAGUGCCAAGAAGCAAAUAUCUCCCCCGCCAAAAUUCGAUCUGCCCCCGAUAGACUCUUCGAUUCAGCUUCAGCCCCCUGCGUCCCGCACAAGAGCGCGCCGUUCCGUCUCCCCGAGCAAGGCUGCGUCGCCCAGUAAGAAGUCCAGUUCUCCUCGCAAGUCACGGCAAACGCGGGCAGCCAAGGAAGCAGCAGUUGCUGCCACUAAUGCGGCCAAUGCUUCCCUACAGUCUGCGCUGGACACUGCUGCAUCGACUGCUGACACGGAAUCGGUGGAUGGAACUGUGGAAACUAACGGCGAAGUAAACGGUGAAGAGAAGGCGGCACCUGCCGAGGAGGUCAAAGAAGAGACGAAGCCUAGGCCCGGUCGACGAGCAAGGAAAGCUGUUACCGCGGCGGAUGAAAAGGUUAAAGUCGAUGUGCAAUCCACCACAGAUGCAGCAGAUGAGGUGGAAGCCACUCAGACAACCGUUUCGGUUGAGAUGCCGGCCCUCCUGCCGGACCUUCCACCCGCAGAAGAUACCGAACAGAUGAUCGCUCGAGCAAAGGAGAUGGUCGAAAAAGCCGCUAAACUCGAGCAGGAGAAGGGAGAGUCUUCAGUGGCCUCUAAGAAGCGCAAGUCAGAUGAAGCGGUUGAUGAGGAGGGUGAGGAGACAGAUACUCCGGCUCAGCCGACGAAGAAGGCCAAGGUCCUGGAGGAGAAGCUCCGCAAGGAGCGAGUGAGGAAUCGUGCCUUGGUCGGCGUUACUGCAACACUGGCACUUGCUGCCGCAAUUCCCUAUUUCUUCUAAAAUUAUUAUAUUAUAAUGUCCUUUGGUUUCGUGCCGGCUCGGAGACAAGGGUAUAUUGGAGAUCGUUUUAACAGGCUCUCCCCUAUGUCUGUAGUCAGAGGGUCCGAUUUGGUCAGGGUAUCAACGCAUACUAUUACUGCUUGUUUCCAAUGUUUUACACCACAGAAAUACGCCAGACUGAACCUGAUAUCAUACCCUUAGUCACUGCAUCACAAGUCUCGAAUGCACAUCUUCAC